AUGGGUGUCACGGGCCUCUGGCAAGUAUUGCAGCCCUGCGCGCGACCCAUCAAGAUCGAAACUCUCAACCGUAAACGCCUCGCCGUAGAUGCCAGUAUCUGGAUCUACCAAUUCCUCAAAGCCGUCCGAGACAAAGAAGGAAAUGCAUUGCGAAACAGUCAUGUCGUGGGCUUCUUCCGACGGAUAUGCAAGCUUUUGUUCUUUGGCAUCAAGCCGGUGUUCGUCUUCGAUGGCGGAGCGCCGGCUUUGAAGAGGCAGACCAUCCGAAACAGAAAGGCGAGGAGAGAAGGUCGGAGGGAUGACGCGGUGCGUACGGCGGGGAAGCUGCUUGCUGUGCAGAUGCAGCGGAGGGCGGAAGAAGAAGAAGCGCAGAGGCGGGCGGAUAGAGAUCGGUCGCGAGAGCACCAGGAGCAGGAAGAGACAGUGCCCGACGAAGGCUUGGUGUAUGUGGACGAACUGCAGAUGACACAGCAAGAACGGCAGCAGAAUCGAAUAUUCCGCAAGAAGGACCAAUACCAUCUCCCCGAGCUGGACAUGUCGCUCAGUGAGAUGGGUGGACCGAAUGAUCCGAGAGUCAUGAGUCUGGAAGAGCUGCAGGCGUAUGCGAAACAAUUCGAAGCUGGUGAGGAUAUCAACGUAUACGACUUUUCCAAGAUUGACUACGAUAGUCCCUUCUUCAAGUCUCUCCCGGCCUCGGACCGAUACAAUAUCCUCAAUGCUGCAAGAUUGCGUAGUCGGCUGAGAAUGGGUCAUUCCAAGGAGCAGCUGGACAGCAUGUUUCCGGAUCGCAUGGCGUUCUCCAGAUUCCAGAUCGAGCGAGUGAGGGAGCGCAAUGAGCUUACGCAGAGGCUGAUGCAUCUCAACGGUUUCGAGAACACCGAGUUCAGUGGACGGAUUGCGGGAGAGAAGGGUAGGGAGUAUGUUCUUGUCCGAAACGACGGAGUCGAGGGCGGAUGGGCUCUGGGUGUUAUCACAGACGAAGGCAAAGAGGAGAAACCCAUCGACAUUGACAAGCCUGUGCCGGCGAUCCACGCUGAUGACGAAGAGGACGCGGAAGAGGAGGAGUUCGAAGACGUCCCUAUCGAGGGUCUCAAUCGGCUACCAAAACAGAAGACGCGCAACGAACAGAUCGCUGACGACCUGCUGAAUCAAAGGCGGGCGGUUUAUGGUGCGAGAAAGAAGACCGCUAGACGCAGGCCGAAGCGCAAGGAAGCUCAGGAUUCGAAUUCGCUGUUUGUGCAAAGCAGCGAUGAAGGGGACGAGGAAUGGGAAGAACUAGACAAUAAUCAAGAAUUGUUUGGUGAAAGUGAGGGUGACAAUUCUGAGGACGAAGAGCUACGAAAGGCUAUUGCUAUGUCAAUGGAACAGGACAAGCCUGAUACGGCGCCUCCUGCAUCUGAUGACGAGGAUAACGAUAUGCUUGAUGUGUUUCAGCAGAGGGCAGUAGAGGGGCAAAGACCGCUGCCAAAGGGUAGCGGCAGAGCCAUUGCCAACAUUGUGAACAAGCGUGCUUUCGAUGCUGCGCCAGAGAGCCACGAAGUCACGUCAUUUGGAGUACCAACUCAAAAGCCCGAGGAGAGCGAUUCUGAGGAGGAUACGAUGGACUUUCAAGCGGCUCUGGCAGAGAGCAGGAAGAACAAGCGCAGGACUUCUCAUCCGCGACGUCCGCCACCUCCUGCCCACUCUGCUAAGACUUCAGAAGAUAUUGCGAAGAAAGCCGGUUUCAAAGGACCCUUGCCUUUCGAAAAGCUCGAUCUUGGAUCAUCUCUCCUGGGCAAGAAGAAGAUGCAAGAGCGGACUGAGGAGGCUGCUGGUGGAUUCGAAAACCCUGAGCUUGCUUCGAGAGGCGACAAGAAGAAGGAAGGGCAGCCACUUCCACCUUGGUUUUCGUCUGACCUUGCAGAAGAUUACCAAGCUCAGCGAGCAAGCGAGAUUGAAGAUCGACGACAGACGAGCGAGUUCAACGCACAAUUCCAGUUUCAGCAAAAGAACGAAAGCACUCUCAGGCGAGCUGAUACGAGUGAUGUUAUUGACCUUGAGGCCGAUGAACCCGAGGAGGACCUCAAAAACGAUGAAAUCAUUGUCCUCGAAGAUGACGAACCUGAAGCUCUGCAACAGACCAAGUCACCCGCCAAACAUGAGGAGAUCAAAAUGGGGGACGUGGCCGACGAAGUCCGCGCUGAGCCGUCAAUAGCUGAACCGUACGGAGAUCCUGGAGCACCUUCGUCCAAACCCGAUGCAACGCAAAUCGGAAGGUCUGAGAACAACGCUCCCCAAGAGAUACAGCAAAGCGGACUUACCGAAGAGAACGACGAGAUGAUUGAAUGGAGCGAGAGUGAUAAAGAAGACGAGCAGCCUCAGCAAAGCCCAGCAGCUGACCCGGUAGCUGCAGCUGCACCUGAGGCUUCAUCAAUUUCUGCAACCCCUGAAGCUGUGCCAGAAGAAGGCAGCGGACAGCACGCAAGUCCAUCUCCUUCACCCGAAGACUUCGAGGAUGUGCAAUUUGAAGAUGUUGCCAUUCCUGAUGCGCCCGAACCCGCCGUGCAAGAUGCAGGACCUUCGUCUCCAGCUCGGCAAGAGGAUCACGAGCUUGUGGCAGACCACGUUUCCCAAGAAGGCAUACCGGAAGAAGAAGAUUUUGACGACUUCUCUGACCCUGAAGAGGAAGAAAUGCUCCGUGCUUUGACGCUCGAGGCUGAGGAGCAUGCGCGAUUUGCGAGCACUCUGAACGACAAAUCUACCGCCCAGAACAUUCAGGAGUACGAGAAAGAACUUAAGCAGCUGCGCAACCAGCAGAAGAAAGAUCGCCGAGACGCCGACGAGGUGACGCAGAUCAUGAUUCAAGAGUGUCAGGCCCUGCUCCGUCUUUUUGGCCUGCCAUACAUUACAGCACCGAUGGAGGCUGAAGCGCAAUGCGCAGCACUCGUCAAAUUGGGUCUCGUAGAUGGGAUCGUGACGGACGAUUCCGAUUGCUUUCUCUUCGGAGGCACUCGUGUUUACAAGAACAUGUUCAAUCAGGCCAAGUUUGUGGAAUGCUACCUCACCUCGGACCUGGAAAAGGAAGGUUUGACCCGGGACAAGCUCAUUGCCAUCGCUCACCUCUUGGGAUCCGACUACACUGAAGGCCUACCGGGCAUCGGACCCGUCACUGCGGUCGAAAUCGUCUCGGAGUUUGGCAACCUGGAUAACUUCCGGGAAUGGUGGUUAGCAGUGCAAAUGAACAAGAUCCCCAAAAGCGAGGAUGCAAAGAAUUCUUUCCGAAAGAAAUUCCGCAAGAACGCUACUAAGCUCUUCCUUCCAUCUACCUUUCCAGACCAGAGAGUCGACCUCGCGUAUCAGCAACCGGACGUCGACGCAGACCCCGAAGCGUUCCAGUGGGGUGUGCCGGAUCUGCAGUCUCUGAGGUCCUUUCUCAUGUCCACGAUCGGUUGGAGUCAGGAACGGACGGACGAAGUGCUGGUGCCGGUCAUCAAGGACAUGAACCGUCGGUUGGACGAGGGCACGCAGUCGAAUAUCACGGCUUUCUUUGAUGGAUCCGUGGGAAUCGGUGCUCCGGGGCCUUCGAAUGCCGCCCUCGCUGGGAAGGGGGAAGGGUUUGCGGCGAGAAGACGCGUCGAGGGGUCGAAGCGGAUGGGCAGCGCUUUGAGUAGAAUGGCGGAGAAGGCCAAGCAGAGCAGCGCGGGCGUGGACGAAGCCGAUCCGCGAGAUGACGGUGCAGCUCCGCGAGAGAACGGCGGCGAGAAGUCUACAGGAUCGGCCAAGAAGGGACAGAAGAAGCGAAAACAGGCUCCUGUGGCGAGUGGCACUGCUUCUUCAGACGGCGACGAAGGCAGCAAUUUCGAGCAGACCGCAAGGAGAAAGUCGAGACGUAAAGCGAGGACGACGGCUACUCGACGGACGACGGAAAAAGAAUAG